AACCAACAGAACACCGAGUGCUGUUACAUAGAGUGGACGAUAAAGCGUCAUUGUGUUUCAUCGAAUUUCCAAAAAGUGGCUUUCUGUAUCGUGCACAUGUCUGCCGUUGAAAUCAAGGACGAUUAUAACAUCCAAGAAGCAUGGGAUAAGGCCUGCGGGGCAUUUGCCCAGAUCACAAAGGUCGAUCUCACCACGUCUCCGAAACUCACCGUCGACGAGAUCCUGGACCAGAUCCGGAUUAAGCAAGAUGCAGACGACGAGAAAAACAACAAGUUCAAGGCUGCCAAGGAUGUAAUAGGCAAAACACUGAAAUUUAUCACGGUGCUUGGGGGUAUAGCUGCCCAAGGUGCUAGCAUGGUCUUCGCGCCUAGUAGUCUUUGCUUCAAUGCAAUUUCGUAUCUCAUUGAUACCGGAGCUAAAUACAAGCGCAUUUUCAGUAGUCUAGCUGAGCUCUUUCGACGGAUCUCCGAUGUAUUAGAGCGCUGCAAGAUCUAUAUGCGAUUGCCGGGAGACGCUGUUGACAUUUCCCUCCGCAAGAUCAUUAACGAAGAGCUGAUGUGUUUUGUCGACAUUUGUGCGUUGUCUAUCAAGGUGCUCAAGGGGAACAAGAUCCUCACUGCCCUUAAGGUGUUUGCCUUCGAUAGCGAUGAAGGUGUCAGGGGCCAAUUGGACCGACUGGCUUUGCUGGUUGAAAGGGAAUCUCAGAUGCGAGCAACUCUGGGAUUCGAGUCACAGAAGACUAGCGAAAGAGCGAUCGUCGAAACCCGAGAUGGAACUAAGAAGGUCACUGCCUCAGUUGACAAGCUGCUCACCUUCGAGAGAAAGAGAGACGCAGACAAUAUGGCGCAGCGGCUCCUAAGCAACAUUGAUGCAAAUCUAGGCACACCCAGCGAGACGUACAAGACCAUCCAGGCGAUUUACAAACGUCGCUUGAAUGAUCAAGUUCAAGGGAGUGGACAAUGGCUUCAACAUGACCCUUUGUACACGGCGUGGGCAGAUGCCCGACGGUCGCGGUUUUCCAUUUUGGGGGUCACGGGAGAUGAGGGCUAUGGCAAGUCAUUCGUCUUUGCGGCUAUCGUCAAGCACCUGCAAGAAGUGUACUCUGAGGCUACAGAGGAUAUGACAUGCACCUCCAUUUCCUACUAUAUGUUCGAUCAACAAGAAAUGAAGGACCUAUCUCUGAUCAAGGCCCUCGAAGUUCUUGCAUGGCAAAUUGCCAAAGCGGAUAUGGUGUAUCGCAAAGAGUUGGGCUCGGUCAAUACAGCUGGUAUCAACCAGAUUGGGAGUCUUUGCAAGCAGCUCUUUGGCAAAUCCUAUAAGACCGACUCAACAUUCUUCCUCUUGUUGGAUGGAGUCGAUCAGAUGGACAAGCAACAUUUGAAGGAGUUUGUGCAGCUCCUAGAGGAAUGGCAGAGUACUGCUUCCACAUGGCAUCAGUUCACUCUUCGUGUUCUCCUAAUUGGACGGACGGAGACGAUGGACAAAAUCAAAGCUCAAACUGGAGACGAAAUUCCAGUCAUCGAUGUGGCGUCUGCGAAUCGUGACGAUAUGAUCAACUUCAUCAACGACCGGAUGAACAAGAUGGACAUUCUCGGUGGAUCGUCCGACCCAGUGGUUGCCCUGCGCAGCGAUAUCUUGGAGACCCUGACGAAUAAGACCAAGGGCGAUUUUGUCAACGUCGGACUCCUUUUAGACGAGAUCAGCGGCAAAAAACGCCCCAGCGAGAUUCGCGACAUUUUGACCCGGUCGGGAGAAAGUCGAUCUGACACGAUUGCUAGAAAGAUGGAAAUGCUCAACGAGACGCUCAACGACGAGGAUAUCUCCGAUCUCAACCAUCUGCUCACAUGGGUCGUGUUUGCGGAGUGGCCACUCACCCUCGAGGAGCUGGAAGCUGCGCUCUUCCUGAAAUCUCGCGAGCCUUCUCUGCGACCUCUCGCAGAGAAUAUAAGAGAUCGGUAUUCUUCAUUGCUUUGCAUUAGAGGUACAUACGUUUAUCUUGUCUCCGAUUCGAUCGAGGAUUUCUUGCGUACAAAACCCGAUUCCGAAGGCACUAGAGACGAUCAGAAUUUGGAUACCAUCGGCGAAGUCAGUGAGGCCGAAGUUAGAAUCGUGCGACGAUUUCUUGAGUCCGUCUGCGACCCGAAACUGUUCAACAAAUUCGGAUUCGAUGAAUUUUUUAAGCGCAAAAUGAAAGGGAAAACUGUUCGGAUUGGGGUGGACAUUGAGACGGCACACCUGAUGAUCGUUUCAGCGUGUCUGGAGGUUAUUUGUUCGAAAACAUCGCCAAGUGUGAAUGCUUUGCUUCGGUAUGCGGAAAACAAUUUGGGCGAGCAUCUCAAGCAAGCGGACCCUUCAUUAACACAACCGCAUCAAAAGAUGGCACUGGGCCCGCAGUUGGUGAAGAUUUUUGCAGAUGACGAGGUCAUCAACCGAUGGUGGACGGCGAGCAGCCACCAGCUGCCGGACCUAUGGAUCUAUGACGAUAAAUAUGCGGAAGUCACGUUGAAAUGGCUGCAGGACUCUGCCGUCACCAAAAAUAUCUCUGAGGAGGAGAGGAAGUGGGUCAGGAGUCUGAGUUCCAAAUCUGAGCUUGAUGCAGAUCUCCUUGAGCAUAUUGCAAGAGUCAUUGCUCGCAAUUGGCUCCAGGACGGCCAAGGGAACCUUUAUAUUAUGCUCAAUGCUGUGCGUGGGUACAUCACCAAGAUCGAGAAUCGUAAAGACCCUAAGAUCGAAAGAUUGAUCACCAACUCGGACGCUGAGCAAGUUCAAGCCUCCCAAAUAUUAGAUGCAGCAACGUGGGCUCAGGCGCAGAUUGGUCUCGAUACUCUAGGCUAUGAGGAGAACCGUAAUCUGGCACGUACUCUGCGAGCCUUUGACAAGUACGAUGAGGCCAUCGAACAUUUCAAACUUGCAUCGACACUCGCGCACGAUAAUUGGCUCUCACAGUGGGGACUAGCAGACUGUUAUGCAGGUCGGAAGGAGUUUACCACCGCUAUCGAGAUUUUGGAGGCUACAAAGAAAGGCAUUGAGAAUGGAGAGAUAGGAAAUGCUGAAGAGCUCAGAGAUGAGCUAGCGGAGAUGAAACGAGACCUAGCUGGAUGGAACAAGGAGGCUGGCCGAAGUGAAAUAACUCUUGCUAUUUACGAGAAGCUACUUCAAGAAUCCCCUCACGACUAUAACACAGCUCUUGCACUCAUGACGCUGUUGCACAAGCAGGGAAACUACCAGCGUUUGUUUGAGCUUUUCCAGUCAAUGGCAGAUUCUACAGACGAGGACAGUGGCUUCGAUCGGCAGAUCCAGAACUUUCAUACGCACCAUUAUCAGGGAGAUUACCAUGAAGCUCUCUUCGCAUCAGUUCGCAGCGACCGAGAGUUUAACAUCGUUCUCAAAGGCUACGAGGCAGCCAUUACUGCUGCCAAAACACGAGUUGCGGAGGAAAAAAAGGCCCGCAAGCCCAAAGAGGAGUGGUAUGCACUAACCUGCCAGAUUGAUCUGAUGCAUUAUAUUGCACUUCUGUACUGCAGCAACAGCGCCGAAAACCACGACCGGGUGGAAUUGGCUAUCAAUCAGUGGCUACAAAUUCUGCAUAUGAAUGGAACCGAUGACUUGUUUAUUGCAGAUAGACAAACGCUUGCCGGUUCACAGCUCGCUAUCGUCUGUUUUGAGAAAGCUCUACAGUACCCAGACACUGCUGCAAUUUACCUGGAGCACCUAGAGAAUGUCGCAGCGCUCAAGAGGGGGGAGUAUGAUCUUCAUGAUACAUAUCCGGCGCGACUUCUUGCUCGGUAUCACGCCCUGCAAGGCGAUGAACAGAAGAUCAAAAAUGUUCUACGUCGCCACAUCAAGCUGAACCUUGACCUUCUUUCAGAUGAUGACCCACUUAAUGACUGGCAAGGAUACAACGGUUUAGCGAUGCAUUUUAUGUUCGCAGGCCAUGAUGCUGAUGCUCUCGCCGCUUGGUCAUUAAUAACUCCCAAUGAUGCCAUGGGGAACGCUGGAAAUCCUGCUACAUCUGACACAACCGAGGGGAAAUUGGAGGGGCCCUUGAGAGACCUCUGCGACGGUGGCUGUGGCACCUACUGGACGUUCGCGGACAACUUUUACGUCUGCAAGUACUGUGAAUACAUCAAUUUCGACCAACAGUGCUUGGACAAGAUGCGGAAUGGGACCCUCGGGGUUAAAAUUUGUAAUCCGGAUCACGAGAUGCUGCACGUUCCAGCCUAUGAUUCAGUUGAGCGCCAGAGAAUCGGCGCGGGCAACGUAAAGGUUGGUGAGGAGAUCCUGCCGGUUGAUGAGUGGCUGCAGCGGAUUCGCAAGGAAUGGGGAAUUAAGUCGGCUGAAGAGUUUAGACAGGGAUGA